ACAUCACAACAUCCUCACCUGCUGUCACACAGCCUCUGGCCAGUUUCCACCUGCUGCCGGCCACAUGUUGACGACCGUCAGCAGAUAAAACAGACGGAAACACGGGAGCUGCUGCUGACAGCGGUGGAGCCAUGAAGGAGCUCCUGUUCCUCCUCCUGGUGGUGGUGGAGACCUCCAGGUCUUACAGCAACAGGUGCGAGCUGGGCUGCGACUGUCGAGGAGAUCUGAAGUUCACCAUCUGCUCCCGGGCCCUCUUCACCCAGCUGCCCACCAGAGUGCCCCCCACCACCGAGCUCCUCGAUCUGUCCGACAACAACAUCUCCAUCAUCCCUGAACGCUCCUUCAACAAAAACCGCAAGCUCCGCGUGCUGCUGCUGCAGAACAACAACAUCAGCGAGGUGGAGGACGGUGGCUUUUCUCAGCUGGAGUUCCUGCAGAAGCUGGACCUGAGCUGGAACCGGAUCUCCACCCUCACUGAAGGUUUCUCCAUCGGCCUGGCCCUCCUGCGGGAGCUGCAGCUCGCCCACAACUGCCUGACGAGCCUGGACAGCCGGGCCUUCCUGCACCUGGACGGCCUCCAGAGGUUAAACCUGAGCAGCAACAGCAUCCACACCAUUCAGGUGAGGUCGUUCUCCUCCAUGAGCACGCUGCGGCAGCUCCACCUGGAGGACAACCAGCUGACGGCUCUGAGGAGCGGGAUCUUCUCCAUGCUGCGCUCCCUGGAGGUCCUCAACCUGGCCGGAAACCAGAUCAGGGAGACGGAGAUGGGCGUCUUCAAGCCCCUCACCAGCAUGACGUUACUCAACCUGGUGGACAACCAGCUGUCCACCGUCGACUUCAAAACCUUCCUCAACAUCCACACCUACAGCACCCACAUCCUGCUGGAGAGGAACCCCUGGAACUGCGACUGCGACCUGCAGAGAGUUUUCCGGAAACUGCGGAGCAUCCAGAGGCUCUUCCUGGACGACUACUACAACCUGACCUGCAAGGAGCCGCCAGUCCUCGAGGACUACAGGCUGAUGGACGUGGACACGGAGCUGUGCCUCGCCGAGACGGUCACCGUGCUCAUCAUCUCCAUCACCGUGGUGACAACCGUGCUGGCCGCCAUGCUGAUGGGCGAGAGGAAGAGGAAGAAGAAGAAGAAGGGGAAGCACUGGACGCAGCAGGGAGAGCUUUCAGAUGAGUCGGACUACUGAAACACAUCUUUUCUUUUAUUUACCUGAAAUGUGUCACAAUUCUUUCUCCCUUCUUUAUUUUCUGACACAGAAAAACAAGCUUAAAAUACAGCGUUUUGACUUUCAGGCAAUAUUUCCAGGCAACUGUUGCAUCACUUGUAAAUCCCACAGGAAAAUCUGCACGCCUGAGAAGAGAUUUCAGAUCCUGCGGUUCAUUUGGUCGGAUUUCCCAUCUGCUUUGCGCCAAAUAAACCUUCCUUUUAAACCGACACUGUAAAGGGUAUUAUUCUAAAACAUCUGCUUCAUAAUAUAAA